AUGCCUAGAAUAUAUACGAACACCAGUCCACAGCCUUUUGUCGACGUUCCGAGAUUGGACCUGUUGACAUUUCUCUUUGACUCUGAGCACAGCGUCGCACAAGAUGAUACUGUUCUUCACCUCGAAGCAGCCAAUCCUUCCAACCAGAUCACCAAAGCCGAGCUUCGCAGCCUUGUACGGAAAAUCGCUCACGGACUACGGUACCAGUACGGAAUCGGAGCUAGGGGACCGAACAAGGACGUCGUGACAGUGAUCAGCUAUGGCCAGGUACUAGUUCCCGCCGCCUUCUUUGGCGUCAUCGCAGCAGGUGGCGUGUACUCUGCUGCGAGUCCGUCGUCGACCGUGCCAGACCUUGCUCGACAAAUUAAGAUUGGCAAAAGUCGAACCAUCAUCUGCGGUGCCGAAUUCAAAGACCUCGCUACUAAAGCUGCCAAGGAAAGCGACGUCCCUGUUGACCGCAUCCUGGUCCUCGAGUCUAGUCCGUCGUGGAAACUACAGAGCUUAGACGGCAAAUUCAAUGCCAUCUCUGCUCAGACUCUCGACUGGGAGAAGAUCACCGACGCCGAGACGUUGAAGAAGAGUCUGAUCACCAUUUUGUGGUCAUCUGGGACGACUGGUCUGCCCAAAGGCGUGAUGUUAUCCCAUGAAAACCUUGUUCAAGAAACCUACCUUGUCUCAUUACCCGGGCGUGCAUGGGCAGUGAAGCAAGUCGAAGCAGGCAAGGAACUCAAACCGUACCGCACCCUGGCGCACCUCCCGAUCAGCCACAUCGCAGGCUUGUUUGGAUACAUCGUUCUCCCCUUCUACUCUGGCGGCUCAGUCUUUUGGAUGCGCAAGUACGAAUGGUCGCAACUCCUACAGUACGUAAAACAGUUCGAAAUCACCGCCUUCUACACGGUCCCGUCUAUCUAUCUACGGAUAUCCAAGUCUCCAGACGUGCAGGACCAUUUCAAGAGCGUCGACGCUGCUUCUACCGGCGCCGCACCCAUGGACGGGGAGCUGCAAAGUCAUGCGAAUUCGAAGCUAGGUACAGGCGAGACCUUCAUAGGCCAGACCUGGGGACUAAGUGAGACCACCGGAGCCGUCACCAUGAUGCCUAGAGGGCAGAGCGACGUGACUGGGAGUAUCAGUCCGAUUUUACAGAAUGUGGAACUGAGAAUGGUUGACGAGGACUUCAACGACGUCGAACCAGGAACAGAGGGCGAAUUACUCGUGCGCAGUCCGCUCGUAACACAAGGCUACUUCAACAACCCCGAAGCCACCAAGACCGCGUUCCACGACGGGUGGUUUUGCACAGGCGACAUUGCCGUACUGCGGGACGGCAAGUUUUACAUUGUCGACAGGAAAAAGGAACUACUAAAGUACAAAGGACUCCAAGUCGCCCCGGCCGAGAUUGAGAACCUCUUGAUCACCCACCCCAAGAUCCAAGAGGCGGCUGUCGUUGGAGUCAACAUGCCAGACGACCCCGGGUCCGAUCUCCCGCGAGCGUACGUGGUCGCAGACCCUAAGCAAAUAAGCGAGGACGAGGUCAAGGAAUACGUCAAGGCCCGUCUGGCGCCGUACAAGCAGCUCCGCGGAGGAGUGGUGUUUGUGAAGGAGAUACCAAAGAAUGCGAUUGGCAAGUUGCUGAGAAGAGAGCUUCGGGACCGGGCAAAGAGAGAAUUGGGCCUUGAAGCCCGAAACACAAAGAUGUAA